UCGGUGCCGGUGCCGGUGUCGGUGCCGGUGCCGGGUGUCGGUGCCGGUGUCGGUGCCGGGUGUCGGUGCCAUGCGGCUUUGGGCGCUGCCGCUGCUGCUGGGCGCGCUCCGGCUCGACGGAGCCCCCGCCCGCAACGUGCUGCUCCUGCUGGCGGACGAUGGCGGCUUCGAGAGCGGUGCCUACAACAACUCGGCCAUCCGAACGCCCAACUUGGACGCGCUGGCACGGCGUAGUCUGCUCUUCCAGAACGCUUUCACUUCCGUCAGCAGCUGCUCGCCGAGCCGGGCCAGCGUGCUGACCGGGCUGCCCCAGCACCAGAAUGGGAUGUACGGGCUGCACCAGGGCGUGCACCACUUCAACUCCUUCGACGCCGUGCGCAGCCUGCCAUGGCUGCUCCGCCAGGCAAACAUCCGCACAGGGAUCAUUGGAAAGAAGCACGUUGGGCCUGAGGCUGUGUACCCCUUUGACUUUGCCUACACGGAGGAAAACAGUUCAGUGCUGCAGGUGGGGAGGAACAUCACCCGCAUCAAAGCGCUGGUCCGGCGCUUCCUCCAGAGCCAGGACAUGAGGCCUUUCUUCCUCUAUGUUGCUUUCCACGACCCACACCGUUGCGGGCACUCCCAGCCCCAGUAUGGAGCCUUUUGUGAGAAAUUUGGCAAUGGAGAGAGCGGCAUGGGCUGGAUCCCUGACUGGAAACCACAGCUCUACCACCCAGAGGAUGUGCAGGUCCCUCGCUUUGUUCCAGACACACCGGCUGCCCGGGCAGACUUGGCAGCUCAGUACACCACCAUCGGGCGCAUGGACCAAGGGAUCGGGCUGGUGCUGGAGGAGCUGCGGCGUGCUGGUGUCCUCAACAGCACUCUGGUGAUCUACACCUCUGACAACGGCAUCCCCUUCCCCGGUGGCAGGACCAACCUCUACUGGUCAGGCACAGCUGAGCCCCUGCUGCUCUCCUCCCCAGAGCACCCUGGGCGCUGGGGUCAGGUCAGCUCAGCCUUUGCCAGCCUCCUGGAUCUCACACCAACCAUUCUGGACUGGUUCUCCAUCCCCUACCCUUCGUACAGCAUCUUUGGCACAAAGCAGGUGCAGCUGACGGGUAAAUCUCUCCUGCCAGCGCUGCAGUCAGAGCAGCCCUGGGCCACCGCCUUCAGCAGCCAGAGCCACCACGAGGCCACCAUGUACUACCCCAUGCGUGCCAUCCAGCACCGCCAGUUCCACCUCAUCCACAACCUCAACUACAAGAUGCCCUUCCCCAUAGACCAGGACUUCUACGUCUCACCCACGUUCCAAGACCUGUUGAACCGCACCAGGGCCGGGCAGCCCACGCACUGGAACAAGACCUUGCACCAGUACUACUAUCGGGACCGCUGGGAGCUCUAUGACUGCAGCCAGGACCCCACCGAGAGCCACAACCUGGCUUCUGACCCACACUAUGCUGCCAUCUUCCAGAUGCUGCGUGCACAGCUGCUGAAGUGGCAGUGGGACACGGGGGACCCCUGGGUGUGCGCCCCUGAUGCUGUCCUGGAGGAGAAGCUGAGCCCGCAGUGCCAGCCGCUGCACAACGAGCUGUGAGCUGCUCCACCAGCACUGCCUGGCCUGCAGCAUGGGGAUCCUCGUGGCUCUGCUCAGACUGAGAAGCUGUAAAGCCAAACUGAUGCUCAAUAAAGCUUCUGGUGGAGA